AUGCUCGCUGGUCGAUCAAUAUCCAGCCUGUGCCGGCGGGCAGUACAGGUCCACACCUCCCUCCCUCCAUAUGCCGCCCUUGGUUCCAUCCGUACCUUAAAAGCGGUCAAGAACAGCAAGGAUAGCAAGGUCAACAGGGCUGCACUCCUCGAAAACGCCGAAGAUGUUUCCAGUACCGUUGUCGCUCCGAACGUUCAGGAAUUUCAGUUGAGGAGGUACAAGCCGCGGACACCCGGUCUUCGUCACAGAGUCACUGUCGUCAAUGAUCACCUCUGGAAGGGCAAGCCGCACCGUCCUUUGACCAUCGCCAAGCGUGGUACGGGAGGAAGAAAUAAUACCGGAAGAAUCACUGUUCGUCACCGUGGUGGUGGUGUCAAGCGACGUAUCCGUAUGGUCGACUUUACCCGCUCUCAGCCCGGUCCUCAGGAUGUUCAAAGGAUUGAGUACGACCCUGGACGAUCUGCGCAUAUCGCUUUGAUUAAGCACCGUGCGACGGGUACGCUUUCAUACAUUCUCGCCUGUGAUCGUCUUCGCGCCGGCGAUGUCGUUGAGUCCUUCCGUGCCGGUAUCCCGAAAGACUUCUUGGGUUCGCACGGCGGGCAAAUCGAUCUUGGUAUGCUUGCGGUCAGGACCAUUAUCCGUGGUAACUGCCUUCCCAUCAGCAUGAUUCCCGUUGGUACCAUCGUCCACAACAUCGGUAACACGAGGUACGGACCAGGAAAGUUCGUCAGGUCUGCGGGAACCUAUGGCCGUGUUCUUGCGACAGGACAGGAGGGAUACGCGAUCGUUAAAUUGCAGAGUGGAGAGACUAGGAAGGUUCCGGUGAACGCGUGCGCGACGGUUGGUGUUGUGUCGAACAUCAACCACCGGCACAGGAAGAUCGGUAAGGCUGGUAGGAACCGGCUCCGUGGUAUUCGUCCAACGGUUCGUGGUGUGGCUAUGAACGCUUGCGACCAUCCUCAUGGUGGUGGUCGUGGUAAGUCCAAGGGUGGUAAGGAUCCACGAUCUAUCUGGGGUUUGAAGAAGUUUGUCAAGACUGUGAGGAAGGUGAACAAGUUCGUGGUCCAAAAGAGACCACCUGGUAUUAGAAGAUAA